AUGCCGCUGAAGAGAGAAGACACUGAGCGUGCUCUGCAGGUGAUGGAGGCCUGCCAGGCCGGAGCGGCCGACGGGGUCAAAGGUCGCGCUGAGAAACUGCUGAACAUCUUCCAGAGUGACCUGUUCCAGGCUCUGCUGGACAUCCAGGAGUUCUACGAGCUGACCAUCGGAGAGAACCAGACAACAACAGGCCAUCCACACACACCUGGACAGAAGUAUCGUUACCAAGACGAUGAGACCCCCCCUGCCGAGCCCAGCCCGGGACACGUAACUCACGGACGCAGUACAGAGGCCAGCCACACACACCUAGAGGGAUACACACACCCUGCUGCUCUCACGAUGAACGGAUCAGAAGGAGAGCUGGAGUACGAAGAGAUCACUCUGGAGAGGGGUAACUCUGGUCUGGGCUUCAGCAUCGCAGGAGGGACUGAUAAUCCUCACAUCGGAGACGACCCGUCCAUCUUCAUCACCAAGAUCAUUCCUGGAGGAGCUGCUGCCCAGGACGGACGCCUCAGGGUGAACGACAGCAUUGUGUUCGUUAACGACGUGGACGUACGUGAGGUCACUCACUCCCUCGCCGUGGAGGCGCUGAAGGAGGCGGGGCCUGUCGUCAGGCUGUAUGUGCUGCGGAGACGCCCGCCCAGCGAACGCGUCACACAGAUAAAACUCAUGAAGGGACCCAAAGGUCUGGGGUUCAGUAUAGCGGGCGGUGUGGGGAACCAACACGUUCCCGGAGACAACAGCAUCUACGUCACCAAGAUCAUCGAGGGAGGAGCAGCUCACCGCGACGGACGGCUACAGAUCGGGGACAAAAUCCUGGCCGUGAACCACGUGUCUCUGGAGGACAUCCUCCACGAAGACGCCGUGGUGGCGCUGAAGAACACGGGCGAGGUGGUGUACCUGAAGGUGGCGGCACCCACCACGCAGUACAUGCACCCUGCAGACCGCUACAGCCCCCCCGACCUCACCAGCUAUAUCCGGGAAAACAAGGGGACCAGAUCCUCCCUGAGUACCAAUACACAUCUGAUACAGCUGGAAAUAUACUCCGAUAUCAGAGAAAACAAGGAGGACCAGGUCCUCAGCGUGAGCACCUACACACAUCUGAACACAUCUGGAAACAUACUCAGAUAUCAGAGAAAACAAGGGGGACCAGAUCCUCAGCAUAUCAGGGAAAACAAGGAGGACCAGGUCCUCAGCGUGAGUACCAAUACACAUCUGGAUACAUCUGGAAAUAUACUCAGACAUCAGAGAAAACAAGGAGGACCAGGUCCUCAGCAUAUCAGGGAAAACAAGGGGGACCAGAUCCUCAGCGUUAAUGGUGUGGAUCUCCGGUAUGCGACACAUGAACAAGCUGCAGCAGCUCUGAAGAACGCCGGACAGAUGGUGACCAUCGUGGCUCAGUACAGACCUGAAGAGUACAGUCGCUUCGAAGCAAAGAUCCACGACCUGAGAGAGCAGAUGAUGAACAACUCGUCUGGAAGUCUGAGAGCCAACCGCAGCUUCUACCUCAGGGCGCUGUUUGACUAUGAUAAGCAGUGGGACUGUGGAGUCCUCUCGCAGGCUCUGGACUUUAACUUUGGCGAGGUUCUUCAUGUGAUGGACAGCAGCGACGACGAGUGGUGGCAGGCCAGACGGGUGAACCAGCAGGGCGAGAUGGAGGAACUGGGAUACAUCCCGUCCAAACACAGAGUGGAGAGGAAAGAGUGGUCACGCAUGAGGGAAAGGUACAACUUCGGUUCUCUUAACAAACAGGAAACAGUGAAUGAAUUAAAACAUGUUCAAUUUGUAACUGAGUGUUUUCUCCUCGCAGGUCGAGAAGGGUUCGUUCACAGCUACGAGCUCGUCACUCAGAUUGAAGUGGACUACGCUCGUCCUGUCAUCAUCCUGGGACCGACCAAAGACCGAGUCAACGACGACCUGCUGUCUGACUUCCCGGACAAGUUCGGCUCCUGCGUGCCUCACACGACUCGCCCUCAGAGGGACUACGAGGCCGACGGGCGGGACUACCACUUUGUGUCGUCACGGGAACAGAUGGAGCGGGACAUCCAGUCGCACCGCUUCAUCGAGGCGGGGCAGUACAACAACCACCUGUACGGGACGUCGGUGCAGAGCGUCCGACAGGUGGCCGAGCAGGGGAAGCACUGCAUCCUGGACGUGUCGGCCAAUGCUGUGAGGAGGCUGCAGGCCGCUCAGCUUCAACCCAUCGCCAUCUUCAUCCGACCACGAUCCCUGGAGAACAUCCUGGAUCUGAAUAAGCGUCUGUCGGAGGAUCAGGCGAGGAAAGCUCUGGAUCGAGCCAUCAAACUGGAACAAGACUUCCUUGAGUGUUUCACGGCCAUCGUGCAUGGCGACAGCUUCGAGGAGGUCUACCAUCUGGUCAAAGCCGUCAUAGAGGAGCAGAGCGGCCCGUACAUCUGGGUUCCCGCUCGCGACAGGCUCUGAUUGGACGCACUGCC